UUUGCCCCGCCGGCUGGUGGGGCCGGCCGGCCAGUGGGUCGGUCGCCGGCGGCGGUGACGGACGAUGCUCCGGCUGGUGUCGCUGAAGUUGGGGCGCCUCUACCGCUACGUGAAGCUGGCGGUGCUGGGCGUCCUGGCGGCGGCGCUGGCCCUCAACUCGCCUUCGCUGCUGGCCUCGCUGCAGCGCAACGAGCUGGCCGAGCGGCGCUUCCUGCAGCUGAACAAGUGCCCGGCCUGCUGGGGCACGAGCUGGUGCCGCAAGUUCCUCAACGGGCAGCUGCGCCUGGAGAGCUGGGGCCGCCUGCGCCUGCUCGACUUCCUCAACGUCAAGAACGUGUACUUCGCGCGCUACGGGGAGCCCCGCGAGGGCAGCCGCCGCGUCGUCCUCAAGCGCCUGGGCUCCGCGCGCGAGCUCGCCGACAUCGACGCCAAGAUCUGCCGGCGCGCCACCGGCAGGGGACGCUGCGACUUGCUCCAGGCCCUGCACGCCACCGAGUUCGCCAGCAUCAACGGCGACGUGCGCCUCCUCACCCCCGACGUCGUGGAGGGCUGGUCGGACCUGGUGCACUGCCCCUCGCAGCGCCUCCUCGACCGCCUCGUCCGCCGCUACGCCGAGACCAAGGACUCGGGCAGCUUCCUGCUCCGCAACCUCAAGGACUCCGAGCGGAUGCAGCUCCUCAUCACGCUCGCCUUCAACCCGGAGCCCCUCGUGCUGCAGAGUUUUCCUUCUGAUGAGGGCUGGCCAUUUGCAAAGUAUUUAGGAGCAUGUGGAAGAAUGGUGGCUGUAAACUACGUGGGAGAAGAACUCUGGAGCUACUUCAGCGCUUCAUGGGAAAAACGAGUGGACCUGGCAUGGCAGUUAAUGGAAAUAGCUGAGCAGCUGACAAAUAAUGACUUUGAAUUUGCACUCUACCUCCUUGAUGUCAGCUUUGACAACUUCGCAGUAGGCCCUAGAGAUGGGAAGGUCAUCAUUGUGGAUGCUGAAAAUGUUUUGGUGGCAGAUAAAAGGUUAAUCAAGCAAAAUAAACCUGAAAACUGGGAUGUUUGGUAUGAAAGCAAGUUUGAUGACUGUGAUAAGGAAGCUUGCCUUUCUUUCUCAAAGGAGAUUUUGUGCACUCGUGUCACUGUGGACCACAACUACUAUGCUAUUUGCCAGAACCUUUUAUCAAGACAUGCCACCUGGCGUGGCACUUCUGGAGGUCUUCUUCAUGAUCCUCCAGCUGAAAUUGCCAAAGAUGGUCGACUUGAGGCCUUGCUGGAUGAGUGUGCCAAUCCAAAGAAGCGAUAUGGUAGAUUCCUAGCUGCAAAAGAAUUGCGCGAAUACCUUGGACGACUAAGUAAUAAUGUGAGGUAGUUCAUAGUGGCCAGAAACUUUGGAAAAGGCACAUGGAAAAAAAUAAGUUAUGGACAUCAAAGAAAAACUUGUUACCGGUAUAUGGGGAAUGCUCUAUAUAAACAGGCAAGGUUACAUAUCCCACUGCAACCUGAGCUGCUUUUGACUGGGUCAAAUGACAAGAUUGACAACUUAAGUGACUCUCAUCCAUAGGACUUCACAUAAAUCUGAGACAGUUCCACAAUUUUGUGAAACUGAUGACGUAACUUGGAAAGUCAAGUUAUAUUCGCCUGUUUUAAAGGCUUUUAUUUCUGAUGUCAUUGUCUCUCUCUCUCUCUGCCCCUCCCUUGCAUACAACUUAAUAAACUGGUAUUUGCAUACAUACUAAUAAGCCCUAGGUCUCUCUCAUAGUUCUAAAAACUAGUAGGUCUUUGUUUGAAUACUGUGCGCUAUUUGAGUACAGGAUUCCUCUGCUUAUUCUAAUGUUGAGUUCUUUCCACUGUUUCUUACUGUUUGUAUGCCUUAUUAAGGAUAUGCUUAUAAAAGCAGUCUUAAAUAUUGUGUGGACAUAACCAUUACAUUUGAAUUCUUUGUAAUUCUACUGCGGGUAAUGUUUCACAAGAUGGUUAACUGUAAAAUUCCAUCUUUAUUCCAUUAGGUGAAAAUAAUUAUUCAGCAGGGAAUCAUGAUCUGAGAACUAACAAAGAUAGAUGGAAGUUUGGAGUAAAGCAGUACAACUAGUUAAAAUGAAGACAAAAUAAUGCCAUUUUGCUAGUAUAGUAAUUCAUAAGCCAAAGAAAAUGGUUGUGUAUCAGUCUCUAGUCACCUAAAUCUGUACUGUAGUGACACUAAUCCAUUGACUUAGAUUUCAGUGGGUUUGUAGAUCAUUCUUUAGGAGAAACUUUGCUACUAGUUAAAAGCUUAGGAAACUCCACAUGUGAAUGAGAAAAUGCCUAGCAGGCUAGCAUUUGUUCUGCAUUAUUCACAGUUCUGCUGAAUUUGCAAUGUGAUGAUGUUUACGGAACUUUCAACCAUAGGGUUGGCUAUUUAAUAGUACUCAUGUUUACUGUAGAGGCCUUGCAUUGCAUUAAGUCUUUCAGUUCAGUCUUGUAAUGGUUACCGUGCACCAGAAAUUGCUCCCACAGAUCGGAACCUGAAUGAGAAAUUGGAUCACUGC